AUGCAUGAGAAUGCACCAGCCGUUCUUCAAGGAGGUGGCAUCCUGGGCCGGUUUGAGAACGUUCGGGUGAAAAAAAGUGCCAAGAAGACCGUCACUUGCGAUGCUGCGACGCCCGAGUACUUGCGCCACGAUUUUUUGAAGCCACAGCAUCUGCCCAUCGAGCGUGUUGAUGAAGAAGCCAACUUCAUUGCCACAUCGAACAUUAACGAGACCCGUUUCCACAAGGGUUUCCACCGCCGACACCAGGCCGACAUUCAGCAAGACGCAGCUCGACUCGAGCACGAAGCCGCGCGAGAUUGGGCUCGUCAGGAGCGGGCUGCCGCACAGGUGUCUGCGGCACAACAUGUUCGUGACAAGUGCACGUUCAACAUCCUUACGGGUGAAGGAGUGGGGAGGGAGUGUGAGUUUCGACAUGUUGGGAAGAAGAUUGUGAAUCCGUACGGCAGCAUGCAGGCCACUUUUGCAGAGCACGACCGAGAAGAGCGACACCGAGUAAAAAACUCCAAGCACCGCUUCUUCGAGCAUCCCGCUCCCGAGAAGCAGGUGCGAGCAGCCAAUCUAUUUAACGAAGGUCUGCAAACAGUGCGAGAAUCUGCUGUUCUGGGAUAUGGCAGGAGUGGUGUUUCCCGAACAAGGGCUCGCUCGUGUGGUGUUGCUGACAACUUCGUGCACUUGCAAGCUCUCCCACCAGAGCCAAAUUACGAAGCGCCGCACAACGGAAACGCGAGCCAGAUUAUCUUGGGUUGA